AUGGCUUCAUCGGCGGCGACACAGAUUUACGAGACCCCCACAAGCCAACCGGUGCCAUCAAGUGUAUUAAUGUACGAGCACCUAGUAAGCCAGGCGCUUGAUCAGUUAGACCAAGGUAAUCCCCUUGCUUUUACCACAAUAGCUAAUCAGCUCGCAACGCCGCAGGUCAUCAACGACGACUCUAAACUAUCGGCAAUACUGCGAGCUUUAAGUCGGGAGACCGGCAGAAUAGACGGCGGCAAUGCUACCGCGAUCAUCCAGUCCGUGCUGGCCUUGCCCUGGAGCAACCGCAGUACAGAGUGCGUUGAUUCCUAUGUCCGGUUCCUCGCCGUUUUGAUUUCCUCAAUUCCCCGCUGGUGGAUCGACGUCGCACACAAGAUUGUUGAGGAAUUUGUUCUUCCUAUUGAGCAGACCGUCCCCCACCACACGGUUCUUCGGCACAUUGUGCAAAUCAUCCCUACCGCUGUUCCCAAGCUCAGUUCUGUUUUGGUGAAGCAUUUCCCGCACAAGCACGAACGCACGGGUCCCUCGCUGAACUACGUCAAGAAUUUGCUCAAGCAUCUUGAGUACUGUCCCGAGCAGCAGCGAGCUGUUUGGGGGUUGCUGAUUGAAAAAGUUAUGCAGCUUGAUGUCGAAACCGAAAACGACGACGAGGACGAAGACGAUGAGGACGAGGACGAGGACGAGGAGACCGAGGAUGAAGAAUCCGACGAUGAAGAUAGCGAAGAUGACUCGUCUGAGCCCCCGUCUAAACGUAUGAAACUCGACUUUGCCGACGGGGAAGAGGUAACUGCUGCCGAACUGGAACAGGUUCAGUCGGAAGCACUCCUUCAGCUCCAGACAAAGCUUGAUGCUAUUUUGUCUGAGUUGUUAAUUUAUUUGGAUGGCAAGUUCUCUGCCCAGGAGGUCGAGAAUGGCAAUGCCACUCCAUUAUUUAUUAUUCUUCUUGAAAAAUUCAAGGAGUAUGUCCUGCCCACCCACACCACUCGAUCUGUGCAAUACAUCAUGUUCAAGGUGUCUCAUGCCCAUCCUGACCUACUCGACUCGUUCCUUGUGUCAAUGGUGGAAAUGGCGUUGAGCCCGGCCGUGCCUAUCGAUCGACGACAAAAGGCCAUGCAGUAUAUUUCGUCGUUUGUUUCACGAGCUCGCGGUCUCAGCCGUACCCAGAUUGUCUUUGUGGUGUCAUUUUUGGCAGGUUGGGUUGAGAAAUAUGCCACCGAGCGUGAAUCAGAGGUCGAUGAGGCCUCAAACAUGGCCCGCUUCCGGGUGUUUUACGCGGCAGUGCAGGCACUCUUCUACACUUUUUGUUUCCGCCAUAGUAUGCUGCGAAAGCCUGAUUCGGCCGGUGAGUGGGAAGCAGAUUUGGACAAAUUGUUCCAACGGGUCAUCAUGACCAAAUUCAACCCGCUCAAGUACUGCAAGUCAACUGUCGUAGCCAUGUUUGCUCGCAUUGCUAGGAACGAGAACGUGGCCUAUUGCUUCAGCAUAAUGGAACAAAAUCGAAUUGGUCGAUUCAGAGCAGCCGGUUCGACGUCCCCCCCAUCUUCGGCGUCCAGCUCGUCCUUGCUGGCCAGUCGUAGUGGCUCGCUCACCAAUCUGUCCAAGACAUUAUGGCCUAACCACCGAGAGUUUGCAAUUUUAGAGAGCUAUUUCCCCUUCGAUCCUAUGAGUCUUCCAAACUCAAGGAAAUUGGUACAAAAUAUUUAUAUCGAAUGGGGCGAUGUUAACGAUGCAGCUGAUAGUGAUUCAGCCUCAGCUUCGGAAAGUGAAGACGACUCGGAAUCUGACUCGAAUGUAGAUGACGAUGAGCUUGAUGUUGAUGAUAACUAG